AUGGAUUUUUUAAAGUCGGCUGUCGCAUCGGCAAUAGCAAAAGGAAGCUCUCUUCCCUUUUCGCUUGGAGACCGGGUGGAUGGAAACGACACGCUGUGGACACUGCAUAAUGCAACCAAACGGGACGACGGCUCUAAUUGCAGCGUGUUCACAUUCGACAUCAAUGCAAACAAGUCUCGACUUCCUCUGGCCAAGAAUGCGAUGCGCAAAUGCCGCACAUUGAGGCAUCCCGGCGUUCUGAAGGUGCUGGAUACAAUAGAGACUGAAUCACAUAUUUAUAUCGUCACCGAACGAGUCACGCCCCUUUCCUGGAAUGUGAAACGGAAAAGUAUCAGCGAAGAGACCGCCAAAUGGGGGAUCUAUACUGUUGCUUCUACGCUCAAAUUUAUCAACGAGGACGCUUCUUCUGUGCACGGCGCCGUUCGGGUUCCUUCCGUAUAUACAAGUGAAAGCGGAGAGUGGAAGCUGGGUGGGUUUGAUAUAUUAAGCUCUAUGAAUGAUGACGAGGCAAUUAUAUAUACAUAUGGCAGUCUCGUUCCAGACUCUGCACGUUAUACCCCUCCAGAGAUCAACAAAGGCGGCUGGGAGGCAAUUAAGCGAAACCCCUUGGCUGCAGUGGACUCAUUUGGCCUCGGGAUUCUGAUAUUCGAAGUUUUUAAUGGAAGUUUCGCCGGGGCAGAUCAGGUUGGAAAGACCACAAACGUGCCCCCUAGCAUGCACCAGAGUUAUCGAAGAUUAUGUGCGGCAAAUCCCAAGAUACGAAUCAGCGCUGCAAACUUUGUCGACCAGGGCAAGAAAAUUGGCGGGUUUUUUGAGACACCGCUGAUCCGGCUAACGGACGACGUCGAAAGCCUUGGACUGAAAAAUGAUUCUGAAAGAGAUGAAUUUCUCAAUCAAUUAAGCCAAGUAUCUGAAGACUUCCCGGAAGAGUUUUUCAAAAUGAAAGUGUUACCAGAGCUCUUGAAAUCGGUAGAAUUCGGUGGCGGCGGACCCAAAGUUCUCACUGCUGUUGUCAAAAUAGGCACAAAGCUCACUGACGAUGAAUAUGCAUCGCGGAUUACCCCAGUCCUUGUUCGACUAUUUGCCAACCCAGACCGUGCUUUGCGGGUCAGCUUGCUGGACAAUCUGCCCCUGAUGAUCGACCGCUUCUCGCAGAAGCUUGUCACGGACAAGAUCUUCCCACAGAUGACAUCUGGGUUCACCGACGUUGCCCCCGUUGUUCGAGAGCAGACCGUCAAGGCGGUCUUGACUGUUAUUGGUAAACUGUCUGAUAGAGUAAUCAACGGAGAGCUGCUUCGGUUCUUGGCUCGCACUGCAAAUGAUGAACAACCAGGUAUUCGUACCAACACGACAAUCUGCCUGGGCAAGAUUGCCAAAAACCUCUCACAAAACACACGGACAAAAGUGCUUAUUGCAGCGUUUUCGCGCUCUGUGCGAGACCCCUUUGUACAUGCGCGUAACGCCGGAUUACUCGCCUUUGCAGCGACGAUUGACAGCUAUUCAGAAGAUGAUUGUGCUAGCAAGGUCUUGCCGGCUUUGUGCCCUUCACUGCUAGACAGAGAGAAACUCGUGCGCGACCAAGCCAACAAGACCCUCGACUUGUUUCUACAGCGUGUUCGACAACAUGGCAGCACCUUGGCCGACUCUGUUCUGCCGCCCCCGAGCGAUACCUCUGCGGCGAACAAUACUAAUGCAGCUCGCAUUGGGACAUCGAAUGAUACGUCGUGGGCUGGAUGGGCCAUUUCUUCGUUUACCAACAAGCUCACGGCUGCCAACGGAGAAAUCCAACCCACCAGCAAUGGGAACGCAUUGACUGCUGCCGAAUUGGCGCGACCUUCAUCUGUACCUCAACCGGCCCAUGCUCCUGUAGCCGAAACCCUACAUUACACUCCUUCUAGCCUCAAGGUUGCGCACCCUCUUGUCCGGGCCUCCUCUGAAACCGCGGCCAAGGUGACGACGACGACGACGACGAUAGACGAUAUGGUAGAAGAAGAUUACGACGACGCCUGGGGUGCUGAUGCAUGGGACCAAGACGACGGACAAGCUGAAGACAAGGAUGACGAGGACGCAUUCUUCGACACACCAGCCAGCCCGGCGCCAGCUCCUGCACCAGCGCCUGCGGCAGUGCCCUAUGAUGACGGAGGCGAACCCGAUUUUGCCGGGUGGCUGGCGGCUCAGUCCAAAGCCAAGACCAAAAAGCCACUAUUAUCCAAGAACAAAACCUCUUCUGCUUCAGCGGAUCUUCCCAUACGGUCCACUGGCACUUCGAAAACGCCUGCGACGACGCGGGCCUCGAAACCAGCCAAGAUUAUAGACACGAAACCGAAAGAAGCUGAGGGUGAAGAAGAUGGCUGGGGCGACGCUUGGUAA